AGCAGUUGGGGCCCGGCAUGCCGAGCGCCCCUCUGGUAGUCGCCGCCGCGUCCGCCCCGGGUGCGCGCCACUGACGGGCGGAGAUGAAAUUCCCGUGCUCGGUCCUGGCGUCCGUGUUCCUGUUCGUGGCCGAGACGUCGGUGGCCCUGUACCUGAGCAGCACCUACCGCUCGGGCGGGGAUGGCAUGUGGCAGGCGCUGACGCUGCUCUUCUCGCUGCUGCCCUGCGCUCUCGUGCAGCUCACGCUGCUCUUCGUGCACCGCGACUUCAGCCGCGACCGACCGCUAGUGCUGCUGCUGCAUCUGCUGCAGCUCGGGCCCCUCUUCAGGUGUUUUGAAGUCUUCUGCAUCUACUUUCAGUCAGGCAGCAGUGAAGAGCCUUAUGUCAGUAUCACCAAGAAGCGGCAGAUACCAAAAAAUGGCCUCUCAGAGGAGGUUGAGAAGGAGGUGGGCCAGGCAGAGGGCAAGCUGUUUGCUCAUCGGUCGGCAUUCAGUCGGGCAUCGGUGAUCCAGGCUUUCCUGGGCUCAGCCCCCCAGCUGACUCUGCAGCUGUAUAUAAGCGUCUUGCAGCAGGAUGUCACCAUCGGAAGAUGUUUCUUCAUGUUCAUAUCCCUGUUGUCCAUUGUAUACGGAGCUUUGCGCUGUAACAUCUUAGCCAUCAAGAUCAAGUACGAUGAAUACGAAGUCAAAGUGAAGCCUCUGGCCUAUGUCUGUAUCUUCCUCUGGAGGAGCUUUGAGAUUGCCACUCGAGUUGUGGUCCUGGUCCUCUUUACCUCCGUCCUGAAGGCCUGGGUGGUGAUGGUCGUGCUCGUCAACUUCUUCAGCUUCUUCUUAUACCCUUGGAUCCUUUUCUGGUGCAGUGGCUCUCCAUUCCCCGAGAACAUCGAGAAGGCCCUCAGUCGGGUGGGCACCACCAUUGUGCUCUGCUUCCUCACCUUGCUCUACUGCGGUAUCAACAUGUUCUGCUGGUCAGCUGUGCAGCUAAAAAUCAACAACCCUGACCUCAUUAGCAAGUCCCAGAACUGGUACCGGCUAUUGGUCUACUACAUGCUGAGAUUCAUUGAGAAUGCCUUCCUCCUGCUCAUGUGGUAUCUUUACAAGACUGACAUCUAUAUGUAUGUGUGUGCGCCGCUGUUGAUUCUGCAGUUGCUAGUUGCAUACUGCAUAGCCAUUCUGUUCAUGCUUGUGUUCUAUCAGUUCUUCCAUCCUUGCAAAAAGCUCUUUUCCACCAGUGUUUCUGAAGGUUUUCAGGAGUGGCUAAAGUGUAUUUGCUGUAUUGGUAGGCGGCAGAGACCCCAAGAGUCUGUAGCAAAGACAGAUGUGAGAAUAUCAGGAGAAAGAGAUGAUAUUCCUUCUAGCAGUAAAGUAACCUCUGUGACCAACCCGACGGUGAAUACUCAGGAGCUCUACUCUGCUUAAUAGGACUUGAGUUUCCUAGGAUACUGACACUGUUUUCUGUUCUUCACACAAGUGUUGAGCACUGCAUAGUUAACAAAGCAGGAAGUUCAUCUCACCUCCUUGUGAGUCACUCCCCUUUAGAGUGUUCUUGGGCAUGCGGGCACUAUGGCAGAAGCUAGGGAGACCCCUGAGUGCUGGAGGAGCAGCAUAAGGCGCUACCGUUCAUGCCAGACCAUAUUCUUCUAGGCUAACUGACCUUUCGUUGGCAUGAAAUCUGAGUUAGACUGGUUAGAUCCAUCAGGCAGAGCGAUGAGGGGCAUUUUUUGGGUUUCUAGAUAUACUGGUCUAGAUUGCCUAAUGUUUUAUUAUGUCUGAGGAUACUUAUCACCCAUGAUCCAUCCUGAUGACCGGGGCAGGUUCCUGGGGUUUUGCUAUCAGCAACAUCAUUUCUGUCAGAGUUUUCAAAGAGAGCUGUUUUAAUAGACAGAUGUUCCAUUAUUGUAUCAUUGGGGUUCUUUGUACAUAACCAACUGUGUGCCACCUUGGUCUGAUAUCUCUAAGUGAUUCAAAAGUCUAGAUUUAGAGAUUUUAUUUCCAAGAAUAAAUGGAUACAAAGUUGAAUUCUAAACAUGGUUAUGGAAGCCCUAGUAUUUUAGGAAAGUUGUUUCCUUACAACAUGUUGAAGAAAUUCUGGAUCAAGCCAGUUGUUAAAAUAUCUACAUGUUGUAGGAUUUCAUAAACAGGACUCUUACCUUCUCUGGGUGGUGGAAGAUGUGAAUCUACUAGAAGGUGGUCUUAAAAUUCUUCAAGGUUCAGUAUUUUCCAUCAAUUCUAGGAACUUUCUAGUAGAAUUUUGUAGGAUUUGCCUUCUUAAAAAGGGUUGUACUAAAAUUCGUAGUCUUCACACCCUCUCUUCCUUGCCUCUCAGAAAUUAUUUGUUCUAGAAAAUGUCACAGAAAUCUCUCACCUAGCUCAGGUAUAUAAGCCAUUUUAAUUUCCAUUAAUUGAAAGAAAAGGGUUUACUUCCCUUUGCCCCCCCACCCCAGUUAGAUGUUAACUUUAGAAACUUCCAUAUUAUAGAAAGGGAUGAAAUGUCUUUAACUGAAUGUGUUUUAGUUUGGUGUGAUUAUAAGCUACUUUGAACAAAAUCUCCAACUUAUCCUCCUGCAUGCUCCCCCUUCAAUUAAUUUCUCUUUUUAUCUAAAACCCUAUAUACGUUCAUAGAAGGAUAGUGUAGCAUCCCAUCAAUGGUCUCGGGAAAAUACCUGGAUCCAGACUCGUUGUUUCUACUGUUAAAUCCUUCAUAGUGAAGUAUCUGGAAACAGGUGAGCCGUCACUGAGUAGGCUGGACAUUGCAGGUCAGUCAGGAUCAAGAGUCAACGGGCCCUAACGACUAUACUUUCUGACCAACCAGUUUCUAAAAACCAGUCCAUCAGGGAACAGAUUAAAAAUGCUAAGUCUGAGUGAGUUCAUUGUCAGAAUUAAACAGGGAUAGGGAUUGGUAAGUAAGAGCCUUCAUUUGAGGCUUGUCUUAAGAACCACUAUAAAGUCUGAACCUUCAUUACAUUUUAAUGUAGAAGACAGUAAGUAUCUUGAGUAACCUCAAACCAAACUAGUAGUGACUGUCAGUGAGACUACCCAAAGCCAACUGUAUGCCACAUUUAUAAGUACAAGGAGAAUUGGUAUCUAAGUUGUGCAUUUUGUCAUCAUUAACCCUUGAUACACAAAUACUCCUGCUUUGGGGUCAUCCAUCCACUUUGUCCAUCCACUUAGGGGAGAGAAGUCACUUUUUUCCUGUAUGGUAAAAAUGUGUGUCAUGUUGAACUGAAAAUUUUUGUUUUAAAAUUAUACUUGAAAUGAGUUUAGACUGCAGAGCUAGGUUGCCCUGAAAACUAACAAAACAGCAAAUUUCCUCAUGUGUUGAGAGUGAAAGUUUGUUUUUCUGCUAUAAUUCUAAUUUUUAAAGCUCUCAGUGCUGUGUGCUUCCUCUAGUUACAUACCACAACUUGUCACGUCAGCUGUUCCACCUGAAUUACUAUCAUUUGGCUAAAUGGAGUUGAAGUAUUUCCUCAAAUAUAUUGAACUAGCAUCCUCAGACAUGUUUAGACUUUCUCUCUUCGUUACUGGAGACAGCACUGUAUAGAUUGGCAUCUCCUUGUCCAGCCCUACAAACUACUGAAUUGCCCUAUACCUCAGAUUCCUCACCCGCCAAAUUGGAUGAUACACCUGCCCAACCUACCUCACAAAGUUGUUAGAAAGCUCUAUUUAAGUAAUAGGUGUGAAAACGCUUUGAAAACAUUUUUUAAAGUGCCAUGUAUAUUUAAGGUAUUGUUAUAGUUAUUCAAAUCCAUAGACUGGUUAUGAUUAGUAGUUCCAUCCAUUAGUGUCUUGAGUCAAUACAUGGGCCUUGGCCUUCUGGAAGGGCAAGUGUGAAUGUUCGCUGCUCAGCACUUGACCUUUAUCAUCAGUUGCUUGCAGAAUUUAGCACCCAAACACAUAGUACUUGAAGGAAAAAGACCCAUUGAAAUCUGUUAAGCGUUUUUGAGGGCAAAUAAAUUUAUCAUUUUUGUAUUGAUUGUCAUUCAUAACAGGCAAAGCAGCAUCUUUUAUAUUGUGAUUUGCAUCUUGAAAGUGUGAUCCUGCUAGACUUCAGCUGAAUUUGGGUGCAAUCUUUUCAGCCUUGUAAAUGGGAAAUAAACAUUAAAAUGGAUUGUAAAAUAUAACAUUUCCUUGGAAACCACCUUAAGAACAUUAGUGUUGUGAUUAUGAGUGUGUCCGUACUUCUCAGACAAUUAAUUGUGGAUGUGAAGUUUUGUAGGCUGCUUCUUUGCAGUCAUUGACUAAAAAAUAUUGUGUAUGUUUUCUCAUAU